AUGUGGAAGCUCAAGUGCGAGAUUAUUCAUGUCCCUCUUUAUAGCGCGCCGGAGUACACUGCCAUCUCGUAUGCUUGGGGUGAUGGGGUCGAUACGACAUCGCUUGUGCUGGAAGGCGCGACAAUUCCUGUCGCUGUUAGUCUUCAUGAUGCGUUGAGAGCAGUGCGUGAUGAGAAGGAGGAAGUACUUGUGUGGGUUGACGCUUUGUGUAUCGACCAGCAGAACAAAGACGAGAGGGCCACCCAGGUCAGACUAAUGGGUCAGAUCUACCGAGGUGCAAUGUCAGUUGCCAUUUGGAUAGGGCCGGAGUACGAGCAGAGUGCCCUGGCUCUACAACUACUCCAAAAAGUGGCCGAAAACUCGAUUGACUCGCAACACAUCAGGUCCACUCGCAACCAAGACUCUCUGGCGCUUCUGAAUCUAUUCAAGAGAGAUUACUGGAAGCGACUGUGGGGUAAGUAG